AUUCAUCAGUUGAGUUGACAAGUUGAACGCGUUUAGAUGUGAAAUUGGUCUCUGGCCGAGGUGUGUCGUGUCUCGUGUGCUCGGUGCGUGCAGAAAACUUGUUUUGGAGUAGUGCGAACUCGGGGGCGGCAGUGCGAAAAUAAACAAAGCCCGUGGACGCGUGAAAACCGUAAAUGCGCCUACCAGCGCCGCUUGCAUAAGACCUUGUGUCGCGAGAUUGUCGUGAAAUCACAGGUGAAAUUGGAAAGUGGCUCGCAGUUCGGUUCGGCGUCAAGAAAACGAGAAAAUUAGGGUCCGCCAGGAGGAAAAUCUUUUCAUGGUGUAUUUGGAAUAGUUGCAGGGAAGCAGUGAAUUGCCACAAGUGGGAUAGCGGAGUCACCAAGGAAAGGCUGUGGCGAGAGAUACAACGUCUAUUGAGAAUUUUCUGUCUCUGUUUAGGCUUCUCAGGCAAAUUUUCCAAUCACACCGGAUCGCUACCAAAAGCAAUCAAAUAACUUAAAAUGCUCAACUAGUUUUAACAUAUAAAUUACAUUAUACCUCGGAGGAUAGAUUUUCCAAAACAUUAAUUUGCCACAACUCGCUGACUACUCACUAUCAGUUAUUUCGACCCAACAACAGAAUGUCUUCACGAUCGAGAGAGAAAGUAACAGCUGUUAUUAGGAAACUUUUUAAAAACACAGAGAAGAAUGACACCGGCGGAGAUGCCGCGGGUAAUGCUGCCAGUGGAUCAUCGGGAUCUCCAGGGAGACGCUUAAGAAGAGGAGUUUCACCUGCUACAAGUAGCGCUCCAAGUUCAGCACCAACGAAAUCUGCAGAGAAGACAAUAAGGGCACGUCGUUUAAUGAAGGAAUAUCGAGAAAUACAGAAAAUUCAACAUUCUAAUGCGAACCCUAUAUUCACGGUCGAGCUGGUCAACGAUAAUCUUUACGAAUGGCACGCAAGAUUAUGUGUUGUCGAUCCAGAUUCACCGCUGGCUGAAGAUAUGGCAGAGCUUAAUAUACCGCAUAUUCUACUUCAUUUAAUUUUUCCUGAGAAUUUUCCAUUCGCCCCACCGUUUAUGCGUGUCGUCGAACCGCGAAUAGAGAAAGGUUUCGUGAUGGAAGGCGGUGCCAUUUGCAUGGAAUUAUUAACCCCUCGCGGUUGGGCUAGUGCAUAUACAGUGGAAGCAGUACUUAUGCAAUUUGCUGCUAGUUUAGUGAAAGGACAAGGCCGAAUAGCAAGGAAAUCAAAAAGUACAAAGGAAUUUAGUAGUCUCGUCUCCAGGCGAUCUGCUGAAGAAGCAUUCAGGUCACUAGUUAAAACCCACGAAAAGUAUGGGUGGGUAACACCAGCUCUAUCGGACGGUUAGAGCUUUUCAGUAAAUAAAUGCUCAGAAAAGAUAACUUCCUACCCAGUAUUUAUUGAUUGAAUAAUUUUAUGCAAAUUGAAACUGAUCUCGUUGUGAAUGUCGUAUUUUUUUAAGAAUGAAUGAAAUCAAAUGUUUAUAUUAUUUCAUAAUAGUGAUAUUGUAAGAAGAAUUUGAAGAAUCAAUUAAGAAUUUCGAAGACAAAAGUGGAAUUUUUAACCAAGAUUUAUGAACGUCCCUUUUUACAUACAACAAAGCUUCAUCUCUCAACUAUUAUUGUCAAACUCCAGUAGCCGUAAGUAUACUCAACCUAAUCUAUUUGACAACGUGUUGCACUGCUCCACUAUAUUAAACUUAUUCUUGACGUAACUUAGACGGUAAUAUGUGUACGUAUCUCUAAAGUUUAAAACUAUUUUCAUUGGAACUACAUAUUUACGCUACUCCUAUCUAUACUCUGAACGUUUUGAAAUGAUAAACAGAACACCAUACCUAGGAUUUUUUGAGAAAUUAUUUCAUACAAGUCAACAACAGAUAUUUGUAAAAAGUACGUUAAAGAUAUUAUAUACAAUGUACGUGUUAUGAUAAUUACCAGAAAAUUUACGUUUUUUGUGAAUUUUGUUGAAAUUGUUGUUGAUAAAAUGAGAAUCAAAGAAGUAAAAGGAUACAAACCAAAUUGUCUACCCACACAAAGUUAAUGUUGCAUCAAGUAUGCCAAAUGCCAAAAUAAUUAUAAGAACUAUUAUAGUUUGAAGAAUAGCGAUUAGACUAUAUUACGAUGUAUUCAGAAUCGAAGAGAUGGAGAGAUGUAUAAUUUAGAAAGACAAUUUGAUCAAACAAUACCAAAUUGCAUGUUAACAUCAAGGAAGACAGUAAAUAUAUAAAUAUUUGUUUGCUA